AUGGAAGGUAUGAAUAUCAUCAAUGAGGUAUCUACUCGUACCAAGGCCCGAACUGAGCUUCUUGCCCAGCAUCAGAUUAAAACAGGCGAUGCCAUUGGUCAUCGCUUGACCCUCACCAAAGAGUUGGAGGAAAAGACCCAUCAGUUCGAGUCCUUAAAGCUUCGAUUUACUGAGAAGGUCUCUGAGCUGCAGAUAUCCUGUUCUGACAAUGAUGUACGCAGUAAGAUAAUAGAGGAAGAACUUGUUGUCCAUAAGGGACUUCUUGCUGAUAGGGAUGCUCAGACUCUUUAG